GGACCUAGGCUGUUUACGUGGCACAGGGAGAGGUGGACCUGGGGUACGACUGACAGGGGCUCAGAGCGUCCUUGCAAGGUUCAAACAUCAAUCCAGUUUAGAGACCACUGAGUCCUAAAUUAGGGGUGGUAGUGAUAAGAAUAGAAAGGGUGUCAUACUGCAAACACAAAGCCACCACCUGAAUGUGGGCUUACAGGGGCUGCAUAGAAGUCUCCUGGACCCCAGACAUGUGGAGACUCUGGGACACUGGUGAAAGUUCCAACAAUUUCUAUUGUCCAUCUUCUUUGCUCUCCGCCCAAUCUAAAAUGCCCUUAGGUGACAUCAGUCAGCAAGGUACUAAGUACCUAAAUAUGCAAAAGAAAUAGAAGACUCAAGGCUGCCUAUUAGCCCCUCAGUGAAAAAUAAACGCAGCCUAGAAACAGUGAUGUAAACCAAGAACCUGGUGGGCACUGGUCUAAACCUCCAAGCUCCUCUCUCCUGGAGAAGCCCGUAAUGACUACUGUUAACUAAGAGGCUAGCUUUCGGGCUCCGUUCUGAAGCUGAUCGGGUGCCUCCCUUAAUUGUUUAUUUCUGCUCUGAGGUUGGAUCGGAACAUUCUGCCUGAGAUCCCUGUAUAACAACCAUUUCAAAGAGUGCAGUAUCUUUUCUUCUUUUCAUUUAUUCCCUUUACUGUUUUAUUUAAUUUUUUUUCCUCUCCCAUUUUCUAAUCUUCAUCUUAUAAGAAACAACACUGAGUCUGGGCGUGAACACAGACAAAAUCAGAGUGCCUAUUCCUAGAGCAUCUCUUCCAAGCCAGCCGCCAUCACUGCUUUCCUUUCUCAACUGCAUCCCUUCUCGUUCCCACGGCAACCGGCAGAGCCGCCCACGUGUGGACUCAGGACCCCCGGGGCCGUAGCCCUGCCCCACCCCCACGAUCCACGUUCCCUCGCGACUAGCGGCACAGGCUCCGCGCGAGGAGGGAGGCACGGUUGCCAAGGAAACGGGAGGACGCCAGGCAGCCGCCCCCACCGUCUCCACCCCAAGAAAGGCCGGAGGCCGCGGCGGACAGCUGCCUCCCGGGAGGAGAAGGAAGAGGGCCCUCUAGAAGGAGGGAAGACAGUGAGGUGUGGGGGAGGAAGAGGAGCCCAGGACCGGCCCCACGCACGAUUGAUGGGCGGCUCUUCGCCCACCCGCUCCGCCCCGCGGCCCCUUUAGCCCCUUGUGAGGGGUGAAAGUGCUGAUCCCCAAGAUCAGGAACUAAGAACCAUGUUGCAUGAAACAAGGGACAGGCAGAAGUUCGUCAGCGAUGUUCAGUAUCUACGGGAUAUGCAGCAUAAGGUGGACUCAGAAUAUCAGGCUUGUUUGAAACGACAGGAAAACAAGAAAGAACCAAAUGAGAAGAAGCAGGAGCAGCUGUGGGUGAGAGAUACAAGUGACAGGUCGCGGUUUUCAAGCGGGUCGUCAUGCAAACAGAGUUCCUGUGAGGAGGAUUCUCGCAGUGAAGCAAGAUUAUCUACCAAAACAUCUUCGGCUAAGUGUGAGCCCAGACUUCCAGCCAUUGACCAAGCAUCUGUCAAGCAGAAACACAAAGGCACCAUGACACUAAAGAAGUCAGAGAAAGUGAGCCCCAGCAAACCCUCUCCAGUGGCACCAAAGAUUUUAUCAAGGAAGAGGAGACCAAACCUGGGGAGAUUGACAGUCAGCCCAGAGAUGCACAGCCCAAGAGCAUCUGCGGAGAGAAGCAGGCAGAAACCACAGCUGUCGACAAAGGCAUCAGGACUCCUGGGAGCAGACCCAGUUGUCCAACAAGAAAGCCUGCUGUGUGCAAAUGAGACUAAGCUAAAGAAGCCAGCUCGAGAGAGAAGAAAGUUAGCCCCAUCUUCACAACUCAUGAGAACGGCUGGGAAGCCCCGCGAGAAACAGAAAAAAGGAGACCUGAGUGCUCAUCCCCAGAACGAGCCCCACACUGCCCUCUCACAGACAUUCCAGCCAAUGAAUGGUUCUCAAAUGCUGAAUGAGUCCUUGGGACCUUCACUCCUCCCCGCCACCGUGGUAGGACCAAGAAGGACACCAUUUAGGUUCCAUGACGAAGAUUUUUAUUCUGCAAUAUCACUAAACAAUGAACAAGAGAGCUAUGACACGGAAGAGGAGACUCACAUGGAGGAAGAGCUCCUGCUGUCUGGGAUGCGCUCUCCUCCCAGCUAUAAAAGGAGCCGGUUUCUCGGGACAUCAACUGCUCAAAAUAGAAAUGUGGAGGAAAAUGCUGAAAAUCUCAGAGGAAAUUCUCUAAGAUGGAGUGAGCCCAGCCCUGGAUCUCCAAGAAAAACCAGUACCACAGAGCCAGCAACAAAGCAGCCUUCUCCUGGGCAAAGGAUGCUCCAAGAUACCAGGUUACCCAGUGAGUUGGCUAAAGAGAACCCCAGUGGAGACCAAGAUGAGAAGACCCCUGUUCUAGGGGAUGCGAAAUCUGAUGGUGUUAUCCAGGUCAGUGCUGACGAUGUGUCCAGCGGUGGUACUGUGGAAGACAGGUCUGCUGUUCAAAAUCACGAGAGAGACUGGCAACAUUACUAUAGUGGUUCUAGGACCUCAUUUGACUGCUUACUUUCUGGGAGGCCCACAGCUCCAAGAUCAUCCAUGAAUCCACCUUACAGUGCUCAUGGGUCACUGCUCCAUUCUGCUCUGAUAGACGACAUCCCGGCAAACUUGUCCAUGUCAUCUAUCCUAGUCCCAAGUUCAGACUUGGAGGAAAACCUAAGGUUUAAUGUACGCCGGCCACUCUCACCCAUCAGAAAUAGAAAUCCAUUGGCCGCUGCUGAAGGCCGCAGUGAUGAAGCCCAGGGUACACAGGAGAUGGCUUCAACGAGUCACAUUCAGGAGCCUCCAUUACUGGCAGAUCUACCAAAUCCACAAAGCAGUGUGGCCUUAGGGGACUCUCCCAGCUCUCCUACAAGACGACAUUUACAAGGCCAUUUCUACAUGCCUGGGUCCCUGCAGGAAAAUAUACCUUUUACUUUCUUUGCAGUAUCUGAUUUUGCAAAUCAAAAUGAUAACGGAACCACCGUUAGAGUCUCUGGUGUCAUGGAUGAAAAGGCCACAGAAAUAAAGGCAGAUCCUGAGAAGCUCAGGAAAUUGCAAGAAAGUCUCCUGGAGGAGGACUCGGAAGAGGAGGAGGGAGACUUGUGUCGAAUCUGUCAGAUAGCCGGGGGUUCCCCAGCCAACCCCCUCCUGGAGCCUUGCGGCUGUGUGGGAAGUCUACAGUUUGUUCACCAAGAGUGCCUGAAAAAGUGGCUGAAAGUGAAAAUAACAUCAGGAGCAGAUCUAGGCACUGUAAAGACCUGUGAGAUGUGUAAGCAAGGCCUACUGGUCGACCUGGAUGACUUCAACAUGACCGAAUUCUACCACAAGCACCAGCAAUCCCGGGCACAGAGUGAGCUGAUGAACUCAGGCUUGUACCUGGUGCUGCUGCUGCACCUAUAUGAGCAGAGGUUCGCGGAGCUCAUGGCACUCAACUACAGGCGGGCUUCCAGAGAGAGGUUGUCAAGAAAUUACCCACAACCCAGACCGGAAGAAAAUGAAAGUUCCGAGUCGGGAGAUGGUAAUGCAAGCAACAUUUACCCAGGCCGGGUCAUCUAGCAAGGGAGCUGGUCGUGGAGUGCGGCAGAGACCUCUCCACCCAGAAGCCCUUUCUGUGUCCCCCUCUGCCUCCCUUCUUCCCUCCUCUUUAUUGAAACCAAUGUGUUCGCAGUUACCAUUUUCACCCGUGCCACUCCUUCUUGGGGUCUGGCUUGAGCAUCCGUGGGCAGCCACAGGGACCAUCCCAGCCAGCACAGGCAAAACAGCUGAGUCCCCCGUGUGCUGCCCUGCUGCUGCCCCUCAGCCCAGCAGCCUGGGCUCCCAGUGCUGAGGCCCUCUGUUCAGGCCUCCGCCCACCCUGAGUGGAAUGGAGCCAUGCAUUCAGUAAACUGACUUUAUUCUCCCA